AUGAAGACUAUAAAAGAAAAGAAGAAGGAACGUCAAAGAUUGAGAAAAUCUGCCAAGACAAGGAGGGUGACCCAAAGGAAGCCAUCUUCAGGGCCUGUUUGCCGGCUAUGCCUUCGAGAACCUGGGGAUCCUGAAAAACUGGGGGAAUUUCUUCAGAAAGACAAUCUCAGCGUGCAUUAUUUUUGUCUUAUCCUAUCUAGCAAGCUGCCUCAGAGGGGCCAGUCCAACAGAGGUUUCCAUGGAUUCCUGCCUGAAGACAUCAAAAAGGAGGCAGCCCGGGCUUCUAGGAAGAUCUGCUUUGUGUGCAAGAAAAAGGGAGCUGCCAUCAACUGCCAGAAGGAUCAAUGCGUCAGAAACUUCCACCUUCCUUGUGGCCAAGAAAGGGGUUGCCUUUCACAAUUUUUUGGAGAGUACAAAUCAUUUUGUGGAAAACACCGCCCAACACAGGACAUCCAACGGGGGAAGGCAGGGGAGGAAAGCUGUGUCUUGUGUUGUGAAGACUUAUCCCAAGCAAGUGUUGAAAACAUCCAGAGUCCUUGUUGUAGUCAAACUAUCUACCAUCGCAAGUGCAUACAGAAAUAUGCCCACACAUCAGCAAAACAUUUCUUCAAAUGUCCACAGUGUAACAAUCGAGAAGAGUUUCCUCAAGAAAUGCUAAGAAUGGGAAUUCAUAUUCCAGACAGAGAUGCUGCCUGGGAGCUCGAGCCGGGGGCUUUCUCGGAGUUGUAUCAGCGCUAUCAACACUGUGAUGCCCCCAUCUGUCUGUAUGAAAAAGGCAGAGACAGCUUUGAGGAAGAAGGGAGGUGGCGUCUCAUUCUGUGUGCUACGUGUGGAUCCCACGGAACCCACCGGGACUGCUCCUCCCUGAGAGCCAACAGUAAGAAGUGGGAGUGUGAGGAGUGUGCACCUUCUGCUGAAGCCACAGACUAUACACCUGAAAACCCAGGUGACAUCCCUUGUUGCAGCGGCACCUUCCGCCCCAGGGGGCAUUUCUACAGAGACACCAGCCGGGAAGAGAAUCCAGGCCCUUCUUGGACUAAUUGGCCAGGACCUUCCCUAUUAGAAAAGCCAGAGUCCUCUAGUGGCAGGAGGGGCCACCCCUGCCGGUCUAAGGGUGUCAAAAUCACUAAGAGCUGCAAAAAAUCCAAGUAA